UGUGCUCAUGAUAUCAGUAUCUCACGAGAAACCGAAAAGCAAAAAGGCAGAGAAGAUGUUAAAGCUGCGCCUUUACUUCAUGUGCAUUCAGUACAUGUACAGCCAAAAUCUCCAGAGAAUGGACCCCUACGUGUAUAUGGUACGAUUCGGGUUAAGUAUCAAAAUAUCACUAGUGGAGAAGAGGUGCAGCUUGAUGUUUAUAAACGAAGUGCCAAUGAUGCUGACUACAUAAGCCCAAGUGGUGGUAAUUUAAUUCUUCUGUCUGAUAUUUUCCAAAAGGGGAUUACUGGCUAUUAUGAUUUGUGGAUGACAUUGUACGAAACAGCUAUAGAAGUUGAUCUCUAUCUCAAAAUUGGGGAUUUUGCCCGUUCGUUUGCUCAAGAAUUUUUUUUGGUGGGGGGUACAACUGAAUGCGGCGAUGUUGAAGAAUUUAGAUCAAAAGAAUUCCAGGAUACAGUUUGCUCCGCUACCCUGAGUUAUAUUAAAAUGCCAUUUGCUAUCCUUUGUGGGGUGGAUGUUCAAUUAUAUAGCAAAAACAAGGGCCUAGUUGUUAAUCUUGCUGGGAAAAUUGUUGCGUGAUGUAAGAACACCUGUGGAAACUAUAACUCAGAGCCAUGCAUUCUUUUUGAGAAGCAGAAUGGCUUUGAACCAGUAAAGGUGGGCAAUAUACUGUGUAUGUCAAGAAGAUUGUUGGGGUUGCCUGCAUAUUCGUCACUUGAAGUUGAGCUGGACUUGAUAGACUUCAACAAAAACAAGCAUAUUAAGACAACAGUAGAAUUGUUUAACGAGAGUAGUCCAUAUGCAGGUUAUUAUGCAGUGGAUGUGGAGGGUGAUUUUGCGAUUACUCUGGAUUCAACAUUGAUAUCGUAUUCACAUAGGCAAAGCAUGUGGAGUGAUUGGGACGAAAAUGAGUCUGAUGAUGAAUCAUCAUUAUCCAACAAUGGCAAUCCUAGAAUUCUACUCAAUCUUUAUUGGCCGCAAAAAAAUGGGGUCAACAUUGAAAAUUUUUGGCUCUGUUGAGUUCUCUUUUGGUAAUAAUACUCAGUACCUGUUCAAGAGGACAGGUAAUGAUGGUGUGGACAUAGAAGAUUCACAGGAAGUGUUACCAUUGAGAGAUGUGCCUAUGAGGGUUGAUGAAUAUAACAGGCCUGAAUUGAAGGUCGAUCUAAAAGAUGUUGGUGGGAAAUUUCAGACUAGAGGUUUUGCUAGCCGUGACCUUAAAUUGGACAAACAAAUAUGUUCUGUUUUUCCAGGAGAAGAGGGGUUUUGUGCAUUGCAUUACUCCAUUUUCUCAAGUGCUUUCCAAGCAAAGAUCAAGAUCUUUGUCAAGAAUAAAAGUGAUGAUUUCGGGCCUGACAUAGUCUAUGGAAGUGCAAUUGCGUAUUAUAGCAACGUUGAUUACCCAACCGAGUUCGAGAAAAAUUAUUUUCGGAGCGUGCUUUUCAAAAGGACUGAGAAGGAUUCAGUACGAUUAAAGGAUAAUGGGAGAGUACCACUUUCUCGAUGUGUAGUUGCGGUGCCAAUGGAUUUGUCCCUCAUUGUUGAAGUAAAUUUUUGUGGCUCACAUUAUCAUCUCUCGUGCACCGAAGCGUUCAAGGUUGGAAUUAGCUCCUUUCAAACAACGAAAAAUGAUCAUAUACUUGACAUCAAGUUGACUUGGAGUGAUGGAUUUCAUGAUGGGGGGAAUGAUUCAGACGAAGACAAGGAUGGGUGGAGUGAAUCAGACAAAGACAAGUGUCAAGGGAAAACAACCUGAUCAGCUCAAUGAGGGGAGUGAUUUCGACGAAGACAAGGAUUGCCGGAUGGGUGUAGUGAAUCAAACAAAGAAAAGCACCAAGCGAAAACAACCCGAUCAUCGCAAUGGCUGGAGUGAUUUAGACAAAGACGAGAUUUGAUGGUGGGGCUGCGGAGGAUAUGGUGAAAGGAUGGUCGGAAAAAAGAGCAGUGAUGGGU